AUGGCGUCGGCGAAGCAAAACAUUGGGAUGUCCGCUCCAGCUUCUUCUACCAAACAACAUGCCGUCGGCGGCAUUGUCGAUGAUUUUAUGUACGGUUCAAACGUCGCCUCAGCCCACAUCUAUAUUCGCAUGGGAUUUAUGCGGAAGGUGUUUGGCAUUCUGACUGCACAGAUUCUUGUAACCACGAUCAUGGCAGCACUGUUCAUGGUGAGUGAGCCAGUGCAGGAAUUUGUGCAGGGCAGUCACUGGAUGCUAACCUUGAGCUUAUUUGGAACAAUUGGUGUGUUGUUUGCCUUGAUGUGGAAGAGACAUGAAACACCCACCAACUACAUCUUGCUUGGUAUCUUUACCCUGAUGGAGGCGUAUGCUGUUGGUGUAAUUGGUAAGGCUAUGAUGGCACUGUACGGUUUACUUCUAGCAUCUUUAAUGCAGGUUUUCCUGCCAGUGCCUGCUCUACACAUGGGUAUCAGUCUGGCUGGGGCCGCCUUGUUCUGUGUGUUCAUCAUUGUGGACACCCAUCUUCUGAUGUCCAAGCUGUCUCCGGAAGAGUACAUCCUUGCUGCCAUCAACCUCUACCUUGAUAUCCUCAACCUCUUCCUGUACAUUCUGCGUAUUUUGGGAGAAAGAAAGUAG